AUGUCGCAACAUUCUGUUUCUUCUAAGAAACUGGAGAAUGACCCUUCAUUGGCCAAGCGCAUUGUGCAUAAAAUCCUAAACAGAAAGCCUCUGUCUCCGAGCUCCUCCCACAAGAGAACAAAUAGUUCAGGGUCUGAGACCCAAUCGAGAGAAAACCAGAGACUAAAGACACCAGGAAAUAUUCGGGCCAUUUUGGACACGGAUUCUUUCAUUGGUGACGAUGACUCCAUUUACGAUUCUGGCGAAGAAUCGGAACAUCACGACGUGAUGCUGAAUGGUGGUGACUUGGUGACUGAUGAAAAGGAUUUGGACGUUCACAAAAACGAUAAGGUGGAAUUUCCCAUGUUCAAAAAUGGCAACGAAAAAAGUGACGAAGAUAUGCCGUGGGCUGGACUCACUUACGGUGCGUUGGUGGCACCGAAAUACGUGCGGGUCACUCGAAGGAGCAAGAAGAGCCCGCGGCUCCUAAACAAUGUCUUUCUCGCUCAAGAGUUUCGGUGUACACCUAAUGAAUCCAAGCAUUCCGACCCGGAUUCGGAUGAUGACAAGGAUAUGUCAUUUGAGACAAACAAUGGGUACGACAAGCCCCCAAAAGGAAUGAACGAAGACGAAAUUCUUGUCAUGGAGUUUAGCCGAGAUGGCAAGUAUCUUGCGGUUGCAGGACGUGAUGCCAGAAUCACCGUCUUUCAAGUUAUAUCUUCUCCAUUGAGCAGAUUGCAGUACAAAAACCACGAAGCAGGUCAAGACGAGCGUUCAAGAAAGAAGCGACUGAAGAUCUAUGGGUCUGCGCCAGUUUUCCAUAAAGUCCCGGUGCGUGUGUUUGAAGGACACACCUCUACCGUCAUUUCUUUGGAUUGGAGUAAAAACAACUUCUUGAUAUCCGGUAGUAUGGACAGUACAGCCAAAUUGUGGAACGUGGAAAGACAGGAUUGUCUUGAAACCUUCAGACACGAAGAUUUUGUUACAGCUGUUAAGUUUCAUCCUAAUGAUGACCGCUUUUUUGUAAGCGGUAGUCUUGAUAACUGUGUGCGGCUCUGGUCUGUUCUUGAAUCCAGUGUUACAUACACCAAGAAUUUAGGGGUCGAUGUUCUUAUUACAGCUCUAGCAUUCAAUGCUCCAGGAAACUACUGUAUGGUGGGUGGGUUUAAUGGCUCGCUUUUUGUUCUAGAAACAAACGGCCUUCAUUACGUCCAUCGGCUUGAAGUCAAAGAAAAGGCACACAUAACUCCAUUUAGUCACAAGAAUGAUAAUAAAAUCACGGGAAUCAAAGUUUUUGAGAAUGACUCCGCUGUCGAUGUUCCCAAAAAUGAUCUUGCGAAGUACAACAUAUUGAUAACAACAAAUGAUUCUAGAAUCAGAUUGAUCGACUUGAGACAAAAAAAACUUGUCACCAGGUUCAAAGGAAGCUCUAAUCCGAACUCGUCGAUUGUUGCUUCUUUGAGUGAAGACUGUCGAUACGUUAUUUCGGGCUCGGAGGAUCACUGUUGUUAUGUAUGGGAGAACAACAACUCCAUCAUUAACAACAAAUUACGACUGGCUUUGAAGGAGAUUUAUAUUGAGGGUAAAAGUCAUAUGAAUGAAAAGCAUAAGCGUGUUGCAAAGUUGUUCCAUGAGAAUAAACUAUGGAAAAAGCUUAACAUGCAAAAAUUCGUCGAAGAUGUUAAUGGUCAGAUGUACGUGGCGAAUGAGAACAAUAGUUAUUCCAGUUUCCAUGCUCAUCACUCUCGAGUGAACGUCGCUCUAUUUGCUCCUGAAAAUACCAAAAAGCUACUUGAGUUCUCUGAUGACAUAAUCUACGAUCUUGCGAAGAGAGCUCCAAAAUUAGCCAAAGCGGGAAUUUAUCCUCCACGGCAUAAAAACUUCUCAUUUCCUCCUUCUACGGGCCUUAAUGAUGGCCACAUUAUCGUCACAUGCGACUCGACAGGUCUUAUCCGGGUGUAUCGCCAAGAUUCUGCUUACUAUGUACGUAAAAGUCUUGUUGAGCUUCGAAAAAACUGCACUCACAUCCCUGUUAGUAAUCCAACUCCAGAAUCAACUGGUAUCAACUCGAGAUUGAUGAAAACUAGAAGUUUGAGUCCAACAUACGAAACAGCAAUGUCACUCGAUACUGGUUUAUCAUUAAAGACAAAGUUUCUGAACAAACUAAAACCUACGUCACAAAGAGUACACACAGCACCGCAUCUUAUUGGGGAUUUACCUAGGCAACUAUCUUCUAGAACUCUUGAUUGCUCCAUAAACGGCGAUGAUAACAAGAAUCUUAUAACACUGGCAUCACUGGUCAGCUUACGGAAUCUCAACAAAUCUGCUCAAAAGGACAGAACUCCUGCCUUCAAGUUCUUGUUGACUCCCAAUGCCAAUGAUAACAAAAGUAUAGCAAGUGCCGAGAGGUUGGAGUUUGAGCCAAGCCAUGUUCAUGUGGUAAAUAUUGCAGGAGACGAACACUCUCAAACCCUGCAGUAA